GCCGGACCCAGCCGGGGUUCUGGUCCGCCCGACCCCGGCAGGAGGUUCCGCUUGUUGGAGGAGGACGACCAAGGUGGUGGUUGCAGCUUGGGGGCGACGCAUCGCGGGCUGUGGCUGAUGGAGGACAACGUCUGCUGGCUGCCGUUCAGCAGCAGAAACUGUUUCUAAAAAUAGCAUGGAAUGGAAAAGGGAAGCGACAAAACUGAGUCGUCUGCUCGGCCGUGGCCAUGUCCGUGUCCGUCGAUCUCUUGGGAGCGCAACGCUGAACAUGCCGCCGCUGCUGCUGCUCCAGCUCUACGUCGUCGCCUGUGUCGCUGGCGUCGCAGUGUGGGCGGGUCCUGCGGAGACGGUAGUGGGCGUGGCCGGGCGCAGAGUGUCUCUACCGUGCCGGGUGGCGGCGGCCAAACGGAAAGGCGUGCACGUGUGCUGGGGGAGAGGCGAGCCGGCCUUCUUCUCCUGCCACAACGUGCUGGUCAACGCGGUGGGCGAGCGCCUCAUGUACAAGAGCUCGUACAGGUACUCGGUGUCUUCCGCCCCAAGCAAGGAGCCCCAGCUUUCCAUCUUUAACGUGCGCCCCUCGGACUCGGGCCUCUACCACUGCCGGGUUCAGCUGCCGGGACCCUUCAACGACAAAACCUUCUCCGUCCUCCUCAUCGUCAUUCCACGCGGCGGGAACCUGAACACACCACUGACGAUAAAAGGUGGAAGUACGGAAGUCGUAACAGGAAGUGAUGUCACGCAGAGCGUCCAAUUGUGGGAGGGCUCGGUAGACGACACAACCGGACCGGUGGUGGCGAGGGUGCAGAAACACGUUCGGCGGCAAGACGGCCACAAUCUGCGGAUGUUCCUCGGAAACACCCUCAGAAUGGCCUUCAUCGUCUUCAUUCCUGCAGUGAUACUGACCGCCGCUUACAGAAUCCGGAAGUCCAAUCAGAGAGCAGUGACUGGCAGCAGCGGGAGAGAAUCAGAAGAGGCAGAGGACGACGUGUACGUGUAGAAUCGGGCGGAGCCUAAUUUGCUGAUUUCCGGCCUUUCAAAAUGGAGAAAAAUCAAUAAAAAAACAUUCAUUUGUAUUAAUAUUCACUUAUUUUAGGUGUAUUUUUACAGUUGGUAGGACCGUUUUUUUCUUGUUAAAUUUAUUUUAUCUUUCAUAAUGCGAACAAGUGCCUUUUUUUUUUUUACACCAGCUUUUGAGGACGAAUCCUUUUGGUUUUGUUGGUUUUUUUUAAGUUGAGUUCCCUGUUUUCUAUUUUGGGCCAGUUGAGAGACCAAUCUAAAUAUGAAUAGAAAAUGAAUGAGUUAUCUAAUCAAUACAUCGAUCAAUCAAUAAAACAUUGAUACUGAACUCAA